ACCCUGUCAUCGCAUCAGAUGCAAUGGCGUCUGCCUAUCAAGCAAAAUCUUUGUACGAUUUUGACAGCAAAGACAAGAGGCUGCUGAGCUUUAAACAAGACGAAAAAUUUAUUGUUAUUGAGCAACUAUGCAAGGAUCCAAACUGGUAUUAUGCUGUGAGCGAGAAAGGGAUAGCUGGAUUUGUUCCAGUCACCUACAUCCUCCGGGAAGAGAGCGAGCGAGAGGAGUUCCUGGAGCUUGUGGAGAAAGCACUCGAAGCGCUUCAAAACAGCACUUCGAGCCUAGACGAAGGAAACACCAGUUUCAUGAGCUUGCAGAGGAAAGCCCUUAGGUACAGUAACGCUCUUUUACGACUGCAUCACCUCAAGGAGAGUUUACGAAGUACAUGUGAAGGGCCACUGCGGGACACACCACGAGAGACUGCUUUGGGCCACCAGUCACCUAGCGAUUUUCUACAGGAAGAAUACUCUCGCAUCAACUCGGACUGGAUCUCUGAAAAUCUUGCUGGUGCUGACCUCUGUUCUUUGGAACCAAGUCCACGGUCCCAGCCAAGCAAGCGAUCAGCCUCAUUAACUGCUGCUGUAGAGGAUCCCCACCUGCCAACCCUGGCUGCCGAGCUGAUUGAACAGGUGCGAAGCCAGACACAGCUGAGCCAUAGCCUUUCACGAGUGGCUGUGUUGGCUGUGCUUCGCUGCCUUUCCACAUCCUUGCCAGACUCACCCUGCCCUUGGGAAGCUCUUCUGGACAGUGUACUCAAGGCUGAGGAGUGUGAAAAACCCUUGGUGGCCAGCCAGGAUGGAGAUAGGCUCCAGCUGAUUUUUCGAAGGCUGUGGCACUGCAAAAAUGAUGACCAGCAGCGCAGUUGGCCAAUUCAUGAGGAUGAAGCACUCAUCCUGGGUCUUCUAGAAGAGCUGUACACCAUCUUGGUUGAUGCUGAUCCUCGAGUCUCCCGAUCAGUUGUGCAAGCUGAUGAAUAUGACUGUGUCUCAACUCUAGCCCUUUACUAUCAAAUGGAACCACGAGCCUCAUUGCGUGUGUGGAUGCUGCGAGUGUUCCUGACGCUGUGCGAGCUGGACCUACAGGUGGUCUCACUGCUGUUGCACUCAGUGCUGCCUAUGGAGCUGGCACGUGACCUCCAAUCAAAUACUGAUGACAUAGAGCGAAUGAAGUAUACAGCUCUUCUUCUGACCGUGAUCUUCUCUACUGGAGAAAAGCCACCGAAUAAUGUCUAUGAGCAUGUGGGUGAGCGGUUUGUGACAUUCCUGCUGGACACAAUCGAAUCUGUUGACAUGGAGGAAGAAGUCGCAGAGCUUUCACUGGGCACACUUCUCUCUCUCAACCUGCACCUUCAGUCUGAAGCAGACAACUUUGUUCUUCGGACGCUUGCGACCCGCAAAGAUGCCCGGGCACUUACGGAACGACUCAUGCUACUUGUCAAUCGAGAAGAUGACCCUGCUCGAGUGCUAACCCAUGAAGUUGCAGGAGUUCCCAACUCGGUGCUAAAGAUGCUUUCUGAGCUGUUUUCAGACAGCACAACAGCUGAACUUUUCUACUUGAAUGAUGUUGCUGUCUUGGUGGACAUUGUAGCCAGGCAGCUAAGUGACCUGCCGCCUGGUGAUAAGCGACGACUUCUGUAUCUUUCCUUGGUGGAGCACUUACUUGGUUCCACUCAGUAUGAAGGUCAUCGUCAAGUAGAGCUUCGACGCUGCUUUGAGGGGGCACUCGCACACGAUGAGUCAUCAGCUGAGGAAAAGGAGAUUGUGUGUCGCAUUCAGAUGACCUGGCCUCAGUGGUUUCGUACAGACUAAGCCACCAAUCAUUCGGCGAGACAUCUACCAAGACUGCUGGCAAGCCUACCUGUGAGGCUGCAACUUUAGCAGCUGGCCCGUCCUGCUGCCCCCAAUUUUUGUUUAUUUUAAUGUACAAGUGGUUGGAUUGUCCUGUCUACUUAAGAGGAAGCUUUAGCUCGGGCCCAACUCCGAUGCUGCCUAUUCAAAUGCAUGUGAAACGCAGAAAUGCUUUUCCAAGAUAACGACUGGGUCGAUCUUAAUUAAAUUUGUUGUCCUUGAAAGAAAAGGUUAAAUUCUAGUGACUGUUGGAAGUGGAAUUUCGAUUAAGGGCCUGAAUAUUCUAAAGGGAAUUUUAGAAAAUAGGUACGUUUGAAAAGAAUAGAAGCACAAGGUUUACAAAUUCGUAGCUCUGCACCUAGAACAGAUAUCGCAGUUCUGUAAACUCCAUCUAUUAGAGCAUCCAAAGCGAACAAAUUUGAUAUGUCAAUUUAUAUGUUAUGUGAAUUUGUCACCUUGUUUACAAGGGUUUUGUAAAAGUCCUACUCACAAAUUAGUAGUUAUUUGUGAGCCAUGUAUAAUAUAUCGAUUUUGUCCACUUUAGGCUUACUAUUAAGUGCAAUUUACGGAAUUGUGAUAUCAUUUCUCAUUCCUGUGCUACAGAGUUGUAAACUUGAUAGUUUUUCUUUUAAGUGCAACAAACAAUCAAAUGUGGUGCAGUGGUUGCCAAGAAAAACGAUUUCUCCUUUCCCAUGUAUGUAGAUACGAGCCCCCGAGCUAAAGCUUCCUUUUAUAAAAUAUGAUUAUUUAAAUUUGUUUUUAACCUUUUUUUUGUAGUAACUGGGUUACCUUAAUGGUUUCCUUUUUUUUUUUUUUUCUGGGACCAAGCUUUUGCCUGUAUCCUAAUUUCAAAUCCUCACCCCUUUUCUU